AUGGCUGAGAUAAUAGGCACCAUAGCGAGUGUAUUGACCUUGGUUGGCCUUCUCGAGGGGUGCAUUGAUGCUUGUGAUCUUAUUCGUGCUGCGAGGAACCAAGCGAAGGAUCUGGAGAAGCUCGAUCUGAAGCUUGCACUAGAGCAAUGUCGCCUGAAGAGCUGGGGCAAGAGCAUGGGACUGAUCCGUGAGACUGGGGAGAAGCGACGCAGUCUCCUUGAAGAUUUCGAAUUUUGUGCUGUGGUACAGCGAGCUCUAGAGCUCAUAGUAGAAUUACUCACAGACUCGGAGCGCUUGAGUAGCCGAUAUGGAGCCAAACAAGUCGCGGUCGAGGAAGGCGUCCAGCUAGUUGCCAAGUCUAGGAGCGUGUCAAAGCUCAAGGCUGCUUUCAAGCGGCUCACAAUCACCGAUAGUGCCCACGAGCAGGCAACCAAGGUGAAGCGCAAAUCGUUCUGGGUCCUACACGAUCGAAAGAAAUACGAGGAUCUGAUCGUUGAACUGCGAGAAUUGGUAGAUGGCGUUGAAAAGAUUACCAAAGAUCUUGUUGGCCGCGAGCAACAGCAAGAUUUAGUCAUUUCUCGAAUCAACACGAUAAAUGACAUCCGAACCCUCAAUAUGCUUAGUGAAGCUUGCGAACUGGAUUACCCUGCCAUCUCAGAUGCUACAUCGAUUCGCGCCGACACCAUAUCGAUGGUUAGUACUCAACAGGGCAAGAUUAUUGGCUGGAUAGAUGCGAUCGAUGAGACUGUCGCGGCAGACAGUCAGAUGGAAGUCACGGAAGAAAUGGAGUCUUGGGAUUUAAGAGCAUUCCGAGAACAAUACUUGGGGUUGCUCAAAAUUUCUAGGACACAAGAACCCUCCAGAAACGAUCAACCUCUAGACCCAGAUCGACCCUCACACCAAAGUCCCGUCGAUUUCAAUGAGGCCUUGGCGUAUGUGGGUAAGGUCAAAGUCCAUUUUCAUUCGCGGCCUAUCAUGUAUAAAUACUUUCUCGACAUCUUGCAGACUUAUCAGCGGGAUAUGCUUCCUAUUAGAGAGGUUCAUGACUCUUUAACUAAACUUUUCGAAUUGGAGCCGGACCUUAUGGAGGGCUUCAACCAAUUUUUGCCUAUUGACUGGGUGAGAAACGAGACCAAGCCUCUUCGAGAUCAAGACGACAGCACUGAAGCAUCAAUUGGGCUCAAUGCCCUAAUUUACAUGGACUAUCUUCGAGAAACUACAGGUUAUAAGCGCUACAAUAAGUUCUCUGACAUAUUAAGACGCUUUCAACAUCAAGAUAUCAAUGCUGCGGAUGCUAUGAGACAAGUCAUGCUUCUCUUUCAUGACCGCCAUGAUCUUUUACGAAGAUUCAACAUAUUUUUGCCGCCGGGGUAUGCUAUAUUCGGUGAGGAUGGUGUUCCUCAAGCGACAACUCCAGAAGGCCAUACUUGGGAUAUUGCUAGCCUUUUGGCUGAGUCGACCAACAAUGAAACCAUUUUCCUCUCGGAGGAGACAGCAUCAGUGCGUAUUAAUACCCAAUUGCGCGAAAAGCCCGGAAGGCGCUACAGGGUCAAACGCCUCUCUAGGCAGGUUGACAUGAACAGCCUUGUAAUGUUAAAAUACUAUGAGGAAUUGGUUCUCUUCCGCCAGGAUUUAGAACGUGAAGUGCUGGUUUUUCCUCCUAAUUUAAGUCUGGGGCGUCAACAUGCCUUGUGCACGUUGUCAUACCGCCUGGGCUUAUCAUAUAAUACAUUCGCUGGAGAGUCGACCGGGAACCAAAUUGUCAUAAGUCGCUUGCCUCAGAAGCCUUCCGGCAGUCUUAUGCCACUGCGAAGAUCGUUAAUGGUGAAGAACCUGAAGUACAACAGCCGCACGGCGAUUGAUUCAGAGGAUACAAAUGCCAGCUGGGAACUUGAAGAACAGGGCGCCGAUUUGGAGAGUCAGGGUUGGGAAACAGCAAGUUCAGAGGCAGAAGAUUCAGAUCAGUAG